AUGGGUAGUUCAUCGAGUAAGAAAGUGAAUAUAACUGGAAGUGGCGUUCAGCAAAAUGCGAAAAGUGUAACUCGGGAUAGAGUUUAUACAGCAAAUGAGCAAGUAAAUGAAGAUCAAAAUGUGGAAAUCUUAGAGGAUAGUAACGCUGCAGCAAGAUCUAGAGGCCAUAAAAUGCCGAUUCAACCCAUAAAAUUGUAUUACUUGGUACCAUCGCCCCCCUCUCGGUCAGUGAUGAUGACAGCUAAGAUGUUAGGACUGGAAUUGGACCUUGUCCAUAUUGACAUCUUCAAGGGAGAACAUAAAACACCUGAAUUUUUGAAGAUGAAUCCACAACACACAGUACCGACAAUGGACGACAAUGGUUUCAUAUUACGAGAAAGUCGUGCAAUCAUGAUAUACUUGAUGAAUGCGUAUGGCCGUGAUGACUCUCUCUACCCGAAGAAUCCUCGUCAACGAGCGCUUGUUCAUCAACGACUUGAUUUCGAUUUGGGCACUUUAUAUAGAAGAUAUAUGGACUUGUAUGUACCAAUGAUAUUAGACGGCGCAAAAUACAGUGAAGAAGCAGCUGCAAAAUUAAAUGAAGCAUUAGACUGGCUAAAUAAAAUGUUGGACGGAAGAGCUUUCGUGGCGGGUGAUAACUUAACUUUGGCUGAUAUUUCCAUCGUCGUCGUUUUAUCUAAUUUAGAGGCUUUAGAGUUCGACUACAGUGCUCAUGAAAAUGUGGCAAAGUGGUUUGAAAGAAUGAAAAAAGAAUUAGAGCCCUAUGGCUAUGUAGAAAUCGACCAAGUCGGCGCGCAAGCACUUGCCUCGCUCUUGAAGAAAGAUAAAAAC